AUGUCUGACGCACCAGCACCAGUAGUAAAGACCCCAGCUAAGUCACCAAAGAAGAAAGCUGCAGCUAAACCAAAGAAAGUAGCUACUCAUCCAAAAUACAGCGAGAUGGUCGGAAAGGCUAUAUCUGCUUUGAAAGAGCGUGGAGGCUCCAGCCGUCAAGCCAUCCUCAAGUAUAUCUUAGCAAACUUCAGCGUUGGUAGCGAUGCAAAAACAGUCAACACUCACUUGAAGUUAGCUCUGAAAUCAGGAGUGAAGAGCAAUAGCUUGAAACAGUCGAAGGGUACCGGCGCUUCUGGAAGCUUUAAGAUUGGGGAAGUAGCUAAACCAGCUAAGAAACCAGCAAAGAAAGUAGUUAAACCUAAAGCAGCCAAGCCAAAGAAGGCAAAGACACCUACCAAAAAGACUGCCGCAAAGAAACCUGCAGCAAAGAAACCAGCAGGUGAAAAGAAAGCAGCUAAACCAAAAGCAAAGAAGCCAGCUGCAAAGAAACCUGCUGCAAAACCUGCUGCCAAAUCUGCAAAGAAAGCCACAAAAUCUCCCAAGAAGACAAAGGCUGCAGCUAAACCAAAGAAGGCAAAGACACCAAAGAAGAAGUAA